GGGGGCACGUGUGACCUGUGAGCCCUGCUGGGGCAGGAGCAGGACGGGGCAGGGGAGAACCCUUUGUUAAGGGCUAAGAAGUGAAAUGUUCCCACGGUGCGACCUGACACCUUCGGGUUCGGCUCCAGAUAGUCUCCCCCGGUGGGGCCCCGUCCUGGCUGGGAUGAGAUGGAAUGUGACCUCGCUUUAGCCUGGUGAGAAAAAAAAAAGAAGUCCUGCCUUCCCUGCCCUCCCUUCCCCUUCCUUCUUUCUUUCCCCUUCCCUGCCGCCUCGCGCGGGCCGGGCGGGGCCAGGCGGAGUCUUCCUCCCUCGACGGGAUCCGCCGCUGCCGUCGCUUCUCGCCGGAGCCGGAGCCCGAGUCGGAGCCGGGCAGCGCCGCAGGAUGGGCCUCCCCGACCUCACAGGUGCUGCCGCCGCCCUUCCCAAGCACAUCCUGGACGUCUGGGUCAUCGUCUUAAUCAUCCUGGCCACCAUCCUGGUCAUGACGGCCCUGGUGCUCUGCCCGGCCACCGCCGUCAUCAUCUACCGCGUGCGAACUCACCCCACGCGCAACGGCGUCGUGUGAGCUGUGGGCACCGGGCACGGCCGGCCUGCUGGGCAGGGGGCUGCAGCCAUGGGACCCUGUGCCAGGGACCCCGCAGAGCCUGAUGGGGCACCCUGAGAGCUGGAGGGACAG